GGCGUCGCUCUAGGCAUAGCCUCGUUUCGAGGCCCGGUUUCACGCUCGCGCGAUGGAGACCGGAUGCUGGGUGCUGGGCGGCGAAUUUGAGGAUUCGGUGUUCGAGCAGAAGCCGGAGCGCCAGCCUGAGCCGCCCUCCUCCUAUGGCGCCAAGCUCUGCGAGCCGCAGUGGUUUUAUGAAGAGACGGAAAGUAGCAACGAUAUUGAAGUUCUCACUCUCAAGAAAUUCAGAGGGGACCUGGCGUACAGACGACAGGAAUACGAGAAAGCUCUGCAGGAGUACUCCAGUAUCUCCAAACAGCUGCCAUCUACCAAUUUUGCCAUGAAAAGGGAUGUCCAAGAAGGCCAGGCUCGGUGUCUGGCUCACCUUGGGAGGCAUGAGGAGGCCCUGGAGAUAGCAGUGGACCUGGAAAGCAAAGCAACCAACACAGAGCAUCUGACCUCGGCGCUCUCCCUCCACCUGGCUAUCUUUUCCCGAAGGCAGAGCUUGGAGAAGACCAUUCUCUACCUGCAGAAGCUGAUUUCUCUGCACCCUCUCAACCCUUGGAGCUGGUGUAAACUGGCAGAGGCAUACCUGAGUCCAGGGCCAGACCUGCCAGCAUUGGGUGAGUCACCUCAGGGACAGAAGAGUUCUGCUUCAAGUGACAAGGCUGUCAGGGCCUCCUCUGUACACUCGGGAACAGGCUGUCUGCCAUUCCCUGCACCCUCACCUGACAGUGCAGUGUUCUCCGUGGAAGCAAGUGGCUGUGAUACUCAGCAGGAUAUGCAGAAUUGCCUGGCAGCACGGAGGGCAGCAGCACAGACGGAGGCCCAGAGGAAAGCAUGUGCCGCUCUGAUCCGCGCCAGGCUCUUGCUUCAGCUCGCCCAGUCCCAGCAAACAUCAUUCGCUUUGGAGAAGAACUUGAGGACUCAGCAGGAAAUUGCACAGAAAGUGAAGGAGUUCAGCUUUAGGGAAGAUACUUUGCUGUUGAUGGAAGAGGCUAUGGGGGAAGAUAUUGUACCAGAAAGGAUAAAAGAGGAGCUUCAUCCAGAGGUGCAGUGUGUGGGCCCCGCAGCCCUGACUGCCUCGGUGGCUGCGUCCUCCAAAGAAUUUGAAGACAAGUGGUUCAGAAAGGUCAGAGACCAUUUCAGCCCCUUGGAAAAGCAGUCGCAUGUGGACAUUCAGAUCAUGGCUUAGGAAACCAUCCAGAACUGAGUAUCCUUGUUUACUGACACAGUCUGUGCAAUCAUGGAAAACUAAAGCAAAGAGGAGUCUUUACGUUGUUUAUAGAAAUGUCUCCCAAGAAAUUUCAGCUGUUGUGGA